UACAGGUACUACUUCAAUCGCGCUAGUUACCAUGAUUAAACUCACCACAACAAAUCACAUCAUCAGUCUCCGCGCUCCACAGCACUAACUGCACAGAGAUCCUCACAUUGGCGGAAGCAAAUGUGGCGGAGGAGCUUCAACACCAGCAGCAACGCGGAUAUGAUUCGCGUGCUGAAAGAGAAGAAAUGGGACGCUCUGGUGAUAGGAGGCGGCCACAACGGCUUGACAGCCGCCGCUUACUUAGCUCGCGGCGGCCUCUCUGUUGCAGUGCUCGAGCGCCGCCAUGUCAUUGGCGGCGCUGCAGUGACCGAAGAACUCAUCCUUGGCUUCAAGUUCUCUCGAUGUAGCUACCUCCAGGGCCUCCUUCGUCCGUCAACCACCAGAGAACUAGAGCUAGCAAGACAUGGAUUGAAGUUGUUGAAGAGGAGUCCGUCUUCAUUCACGCCAUGUUUGGAUGGAAGGUAUCUUCUGUUAGGACCUAACAAGGAGCUUAAUCAUUCUGAGAUUUUGCAGUUCUCAAAACGAGAUGCGGAUGCUUAUCCAAGAUAUGAGAAUCAGUUGGAGAACUUUUCUAAAUUCAUGGAUCCACUCUUGGAUUCACCAACUCCUGAAUCUUUGCAAAGUAACUCAUCAGUCAAGGAUUGCUUCCAUGAUAAAAUAUCCAAGUCAGCCUUUUGGGCUUGUUUACAGCAGCAGGCUAUUUCCUUGGGGCAGAAAGACAUGGUGGACUUUAUGGACCUUUUAUUGUCUCCAGCUUCAAAGGUUUUGAACAACUGGUUUGAGACAGAUGUUCUGAAGGCAACCCUUGCAACAAAUGCUGUGAUAGGGAGUACGGUGGUAUGGGCUGAGUGUCAAAGGCUAUUGGCAAUGCUGCUACAGAAGCAGGGGCACAUAUUGUAACAAGUGCAGAGGUAAAAUUUGUCUCUAAUCAAACUUGCUUUCUUCAUCCAUCUUCCUUUUUAUGAUUGGAUAGAACUAAUCUAUGAAUCUGUAUCUUGAUAUCUUAUUUGAUUGUAACUUGUAAUAGCUAUUGGUCAUGAAGAUCUACUUUCUGAAAUUGUUGGAAAUAUUGAAAGUUAACUUAGAGAAGAUAAUCACUAGAAAUGAUGGAUUGCAUCCUAAUGGCCAGCAGAUCUCAACAAGUAAAGACAAAUUUUCAAAUGGUUGAAUUGAUGUCAGUGUUGCAUUUUUUCAUUCUUAAUUUAUUCAGUCUGAUUGCUUGGUUGGACUAUCGUCCAGAUUACCUUUGACUAGUUGAUCUAAGCCAUGCCUUAAUUCUCUUAAUUCUCAAACUUUUAAUCUUUAUUGGUUUAAUUGAUUAUGUUGUUUGCGUUGGUACUUCUGGAGUUACUAUAUGCUUCCUAUCAUUUCUUUGUUAGGUUUCACAACUAGUGGUAGAGGAUUCUGGCAUAGUGAGUGGGGUGAGUUCAUCUUCUACUACCUCAGUGCAGCAGAAAGUGAAACCUCAAUUAAACUAACUAGAUAUUGUACACGAGGCUAAUAUCAUUAAGGUGUUGAUGGCUGGUGGUACACGGGUGCAAUCUUCAAUUGUUCUAUCAAAUGCAACUCCUUAUAAAACUUUCAUGGUAAA